UUGACUACCAUUCUCUUCAUCGUUUUCAACUGGAUGUUUUCUUGCGAUGGAAGCCAUGAUCAUCUACACUCCUGUCCAAGUCUCCAUUCGGAUGGUUCUAUCGUAACUAAGCAGGAUARCACUCUCAAAGGACAUGUACGACAAUCUUUACGUGAAGUAAGCUUCAUUCAGUGUGGUCUUCGAUGUCAAAGACACCAAUGGUGUAUUUCGAUCAAUUUUCAAAUUACCACCGGGCAAUGUGAGCUAAAUGACUAUGGAGUCAAAGAUGAAACGUCAGCUGAAGGAGAAGAGUUUGAAAAACGACAAGGCUUUGUCUACUCACAAUUACGACCUGAGAAAUUUGGUUGCCAAACGAGCAUAUGUCUUAAUGGCGGAACUUGUUCUCUUGGUUGCAUGGCAACACAUCUGACCGGAGGCUAUAUUUGUAAAUGUACGGCAGGAUUCACCGGAUCACAUUGUCAGAACAAUAUAGAUGAGUGUUCAAGCAAGCCUUGUCAGAAUGGUGGAGCAUGCUCAGAUCAAAUCAAUGGUUACAAUUGUACAUGUACGACAGGGUUCACUGGUAAAGAUUGUGAAACAAAUAUUAACGAGUGCUCAAGUAGCCCUUGUCAGAAUGGUGCAACAUGUACAGAUCAGGUCAAUGGUUACAAUUGUACAUGUAMGACAGGAUUUACYGGUACAAAUUGUGACACAAAUAUCAACGAGUGUUCUAGUAAACCAUGUCAAAAUGGCGGAACAUGUUCGGAUCGAGUCAAUGGAUAUAGCUGUACCUGCGCAACAGGAUACAGUGGUACUAACUGCGAUAAAAGUACUUCAAGGAAUACCAAAUGUGAGUUGUACUGGCCGUUUGCUAGCACUAGCAGCCUGAUAUCUAUGGACAAUGCCUUGAGCUCCAAGCAACUUACUGAGUUCACAAUAUCACUUUGGCUCAAUGUUCCUGCUAAUAGCGGCGUCACACUUUACCCGUUUACCUACGCAACGYCAUCGAUAACAUCAGCCUUAAGCGUUGCUAUAAACACUGAUGGAAUAGCUGAGAUAACGAUCCUAGGAAGGGCCAAGAGUAUACAGUCAGGAUUUAAACGAGACAGCUCAUGGCAGCACUGUGCGAUUACAUGGACAUCCAAUACUGGCAAAGUACUUCUCUAUCAUAAUGGUAUCCAAAAAGGCUCUGAAGUUGGACUACAACAAAAUAGUCACGUCCCUCCAGGAGGUACGCUAAUCGUUGGACAAUACCAAGGAAGUUAUAAAGGAGGCUUCGACUCCAAUAAACUCAUGGUUGGGUAUAUGGCUGAUCUUAAUAUCUCGUCAAAAGCUUUCAACGCUACAGCAAUAUCAUCGCAUUCUAAAGUGUGCUUUUCUUUCCCAAGCUCAGCAGAMGAUGUGGUUUUAUGGGGUAAUAUUUUAGGWCUUGAGGCAAAGGGAACUUUGAUUAAGAGCUGUCCAUCAACUUGUCCAUCAUCGUAGACCUUACUUCGUUGGGUUUCAAGAACUAUUUCUUGAUGUAAAUUAUUUUUUAUUUUUCCUUAUCUAAGGCAAUAUGCCGUAUAUCGUACCAAUACGGCAGAAACCCUUGUAUCACUUUCUAGUCACAAUUGUGACAUUUUUUGGGGUUAUAUAUCUUCUCUGGUCGAUUUCUGGCAUCAAGUUUGUCUUAAUUUUGCCAUAGAAAAAAACAUCCCUUGCUGCUUUGUAAAACUGUAACGAAGCUGUGUAGAAGAGGAUGUUGAAGAUAACUUGAUCCGAAACUCGUGACAGAGCUUUCGAAUAUGAAAGGCAAAUGGGAAGAGAUGGUCACUUAAAUGAGCGUUUUCAUGACUCUGCUUAGCUCUAGAAAGAUUCUGGGGUUGUUCUYAUUUUCAACAAUCUACUAAAGUAUACGAAAACCUUUUUUUUUUCGUUUCUCCCCAGUGUCGAUGUACGACAUCAAUCYAUUGCGAGUCAAAUGCUUGGUUAUGGUUUCCGCCUCGUACAAUGAAAAUUUUAAUUUUUUGAUUCAUUUUAAAAAGACUCAAAUUCACUGAUGACUAGCUGGUAAUGUGUCCAGUGAGGUACGGGAUGCCACAACAGCUAGUAGUCAAAAUUGUUUAUUUUUCCUGCAUAAUACCAUACCAUAAAUCAUCCCUGAACACUGCUAUAUCCUGUAGCCCGAGUAAGCCCUCUAUGAGUACCUACCUUACAUAAUGUACCUUAUUAAGUCGAGUCCACUUAAUUUUCGCGUAACUUAAUUUUCCUGAAUUUUGCGAUUUGAAAAAUAUCGCAAAAAUUAGAUAUUGCAAAAGCGGUGAAGAAAAUUAAAUGACGACUCAUAAUUAUUUUUUAAUGCCGCCAUCUGAUGAGUUCUUCCCAACAAUGCAUAGAUCCGAGGAAAUUAUACUUUGAACAAUGAAUACAAGCUGUUUGUUGUGUGCUAGUAUUCAACUUGAAUAAUAUUUUUAAUUAAAAGCUUUGGGUGCGCAGAAUCGCAACAGUGACUUGUUUCCACUUGUGUUAAUAAAAUCGCGAAAAUUAAGUGGAAUAAAGUAGUAAUUUGCCUCCCGUUGACUGUUUUAAUUACCUAUCGCGACAUUUGAUAACAAAGCUAAAUUUUAUUGACAAUAAAG